AUGGAAAUUAUAGAUUUUGGGUGGCUUUUGAGUUCUGAAAAAGAACUAAGAUUCGUUUUAAGCAGAUUUCAAUUGAAAAUCUUUCAGAUGGAUUUCAAUAGAAAACAAGCUAAGAAUUAUUUUAAGCAGACUUCUGACAGAAAAAGAAUUAAGAUUUACUUUGGGUGGAUUUUCAAGGAUAGAAAAAAAAGAUUUGUUUUGGUGACCUAUCUUAUAAGUAAGCGGAGUCCUUUUAGAGCAAUACAAUGCUUUGAUCCAAGAUUUAUUCAAUCUAAUAUAGUAUGUCAUAAUAUAUUAGAUUAUGGAAUUAUAGAAGUACUUCAUUCUCCUACUGAUAAUUUAAUCCAAGAAUGGGCUAUUUAUUGUGGGCUUAAUGAAUUAGUUGAAAAAUUAAUAGAUUUAGAUGUAUAUUGGCGAAAUAAAAUACAUUUAUUACCAGAACUUAGUGGUAAUAUUAAUUAUGAUUUAUUAAAUAGCGAAUAA